CACGUGACCAAAACAUUCGCCUCUCAGCAGAAGGCGGAAGUAGCAUUAGGGGCUAACAUUAGCAAACGACCUUUCAUCCAAGACCUUACGAUAAUACGUCCAACAAACCCUAAUUGAUAAAGGUAUGCCACAGAAAGAUCCGUGUCAAAAGCAAGCAUGUGCAAUUCAGACGUGUUUACAAGCUAACAAAUACGUGGAGAGCAUGUGUGAGGAUGUGAUCAGAGAGAUGCGGCGGUGCUGCAAAACACAUGCAGGAAACUCCAUCUGCUGCUCCGGGUUCAAGGACUCAAACCCAACGGAGAGCAAAAGUAACACAAAGCUCCCUGUGGGAUGCGUUUGAUGGGAAUAAUGGCUGAAACAUUGUGUCAGUGUUUUGUUGAGCGUGUAACACUCUGUGCAGUGUGCUUUGGGAGAAUAGGAAUCUGUACAAACGUAUUGAACUGUGCUUUAAAUUACCUGUAUUAUUUAAAUCUGGAUGGGCCUUUGACAUAGCAGAUAUUUUGACAUGUCAUUGCAGAGAGGCCCUGGAGCAUGGGGUGUAAUAUUAUUAAUUACGUCUGUGUUUGUUAAGUCUAAACGCCACACCUGCGCCCAGCUGAACAUUAUAAUAUAAUCUGUCAAAGCUAUUUAUUAAAGGGAAGUUCGACUGAA